AUGGGAAUAUCGUCUGAAGGCUUUGGGAUUAAGCGAUCAGAUAUUCUUACUCCAAUGAAUCACGGCAUUCCCGACUACUAUGCGAUCCUCCAUGUAGACGCGAAAGCAACGCAAGAGGACAUCAAAAAAGCGUACCAGCGCGAGUCGCUGAAAUGCCAUCCCGACAGGUUUCCACAUGCGAGUGAUGAAGAAAAGCGACACUAUACGCAAACAUUUCAGAGUGUCGCAGACGCUUAUUACAUUCUCUCCGACACGAAACGGCGUGCCGAGUACGAUGCAACACGUUUAUCGUCUUCGUCGAGCGCGCAUGCUGAUUUUUCCUUCGAGCAUACGCCGCAGCCUAAUGCACAGACACAGUUUGCCAAUGUAUGGGCAGACUUGUUGCGUCCCGAGAUCGAGCGACAACUGCCUGUAUGGCGAACAACUGGCACAGUGUCGGGAGCGGCACUUGGGUACAUUAUCGGAAACAUACCAGGCGCGAUUGGGGGAGCAGUGGUGGGCCAUAGCUUGGGUGCUGUCCGUGAUGCAAAAGGCCGCGCAGUGAGUGAGGUCUUUCUUUCUUUGCCUCUGAGUGCACGCGCCAAUGUACUGCGGGCGCUCGCAUCCAAGGUUCUAGAAUCGCUGUAG